CAGCCGAGGUAUAGAGUAUAGAGAUGGAGGGGGCUUGAAAAACUGUGAAGGAAAUUCUCACUGUUCGAUACAACACAGCGGAAAAUAGUUCGUCCGUCUGCUUGAUUUUCUUUUCGCGAAACUGGGGCGCAUGUACAGGGGGUGAAAGGGGGGGCCGGAGGUGUUCAAAAAUGCAGGGCUACAUUAUGCUCAUGUUUUAUCACACACAAGAAGCUCAGGUUAUCGCCUCCAACUGAUUAUGCUUGCGGGGAGUGGAUGGUCCGAAUGGAAGCAGAAUUUUAAGAAACCAACGAAAGUGGAUGCUGAGCGCCGUCGCGCCUCUCGAAUCUGUGAGCUGAGGCAGUCUGGUUUCAGAGCUGGCCAUGGGUGUACUUCAGCAACACUGAAGAACCCAGAGAGGCUGUGGCGCCUACGUGUGCAGUGUGCAUGUGUGUGGUGAGUGUGGGUGUGUGGUUGUGAGAGAGCGAGCGACCAGCGCUCCCACAUGGCCUCCAUGCAGGACGGGCUAAACUUCACGUCUCCUCCCUACGGCAAAGUCCUGCUGCUGGGUGCUAUCGCCGCCGCCUCAGCCUUCGUUGUCACCGUCCUCAUCGUGGUGCUCUGCGUGGGCUGCCAGAGGAAGGGAAAGUCCCAUAAUGUCUCCAGUGAAGGAGGGAAACACAGGCUGAUGGACAUGAAUAUACUCAGGCAGUCAAAGCUGCGUUCCAUCAGCAAGUCGGACGGUGAGAUGAACAAGCUUAACUGCAAUGGCAAGAAGUCAUCCAAAAAGAACCGCCCGGCUAGCAUGGACCUCCUGCUGCUGCCUAGCCGCCGGUCCAACUCUGACCUCCGUUCUGGGGGACGGACGCUACCCCAGAUCCCCGCUGGCUCCGGGGAGGAUGGGGAGCACACCUACUCUGAGGUAGGUCAACGUUCCUCCCCGAAGCGAGGCCCUGAUGACAACCUCUAUGCCAUAGUGGGCAGGGCCGGAGAGACAGACACGCCGGCCCCUCCUGCCGUCCCAGCCAACACCCCUGCCCCCCCCGAUCUAGACGGGGAUGGGUUGAAUGAACCACUCCCCGAGCCGGAGCCCAUGCCCCAGGCUAUGGCUCCGCCACACCUCCCAGAGACUACCGCGGAGUAUGCCUGCGUUCGGAAGCUCCGAAAGGUGGACAAGGCGGUCCCCCAGAAGAGGGACAGUGGGACGGACAUGGGUGAGGCGCCAGUGCCACCUCCCCGCCACGCCCCACCCUCGCACCCUGCCCCACCUCCACCACACCCUCACAGUGUGAAGAUGCCCCGGAAAAAUGUGGAGGCCUUCAACCUUCCCACAUUCCCGAAGGAGGCAGUGUUCAUGGGUAAUGGAGAGCAGUAUAUAUGGAAGCCUCCAGAGGACAAUGACAUCACCAUGCUUCAAAACAAACCGUUAGGCCCUCUGAGUCCUCACAGCGGAGAAAACAUACAGCCUCCCACUGCAAUGGUGGCAGAGAUGUACUCUAAGGUGUGCAAACCAGGCAAGAAGAAAAGAACUGUUUCAGGUUCCCCUCCAUCUAACAUUGGCUUCAGGACCUUGGGGCGCGGUGACCGGGACCGGGAGCGAGAUGGGGGGUUCAGCGUGGUGGUCAAGCCCCAGACCUGGGCCCCGCAGGAGGGGAAGCCCGUCGGGGGAGCCUCGGCAACUCUGGAGGACCACUGUUAUGAGUCCAUCGGGACGGGGGAAGAAUGCGACCCUGCCUACGAGCCUAUGGAAGGUGGCGGUGGUUGGAAGCGAGUCGGAGGAGCCGAGCGGCCUCCCAACACCUGCGCCACCCUCAGGCCCAGGAGGAAGAAAUCCCAGCAGCCUUUGCAGCAGCAGCAGCCUCCUCCGCCGCCACCGACACAGCAGACCCCCAAGUUACAGCACCUUCCAGCCAAAGCCCUGCUGCUGCCGGGGGAGAACCUGUACGAGAGCAUUGGGGACCUGAAGCAGGGCGGAACAGCCAACUCCAGCACCACCACAAUCUUCACCUUUAAUGAUGGCAUGGAGAUGUAUGUUACUGGGCUCUAACACUGCUCCCUAUGUGGCUGUGACCUCUCACCUCUUUCCCAGCAUUUAAAAAGACCACACCGGGGACAGCUGAUUAAGACCCUCUCAUGCUCACUCACACAUACUGUUUACAUUACAGUCAUAGCUUCCUGCCUUUCAGAGGCUAGGGCAACAGUGUUAGUCAAGGGUGAAUGGCCUGGACUGAACAGAAAGACCUUGGACGGGUCAUAACCCUAUGUUCAAUCCAAAGGCAAUGAUGAGAAAUGAGCACAAAAUAUUACAGCAAAAUCAGUAGGACGGUAGCACUGUGUGUGCAGAGCACAACUAGAAAGAAAAUGGCCUAAAUUCUUCCACCAUUUUAGCAGGUAGAAAUCACAGUUAAGUAAUUCAUUUCUAUGGUUACAAAAAACAUCAUUGUACUGGCAAUCCUGGAACCCUAAUUUAGGAAUGAGCACAAUUUCCCUUUUACUUCAUAUGUAGCACUUAGUCUGUAUAUUGCAGACCUUUCCCCCCCAAGUAAGUUGAGGUGUGAUUCAGGAAGGAAUUUAAAGAAUAAUAAUAUAAAUAAAUAUGAAUCAAAAGACUUGAAAGCUCAGGGACCAAGAGUCAAAUUAUGAGAGAUAAUUAACUAAAUUGCACACAUUUAUGCAUUCCUCCUAAAAAAUACAAAUCCGUUUCACCAUAUUCAGAUAAAAAAAAGACAACAUAUUUUUCCCUUUUCAUUUACAUAUUACAUGGACUGAUUACUGUCUCCACUGCCAUCUGUAAAUUAAGUGUUUUACUUUGUCAAUCCUUUUCCUGCACUUUGCCUGCUUAAUGUUGCAUGCUAAACAAAAAGACAAAAAAAAUCAUAAAAUCAAGCACUGUCAUGUGGUACCUAAGAAGAGUUUCUUUUUUUGUUACUGUUGUUGAUCGUUUAGUUAUUAUGUUGCUUUGUUUCUCUUAGAGAGCACAAUGUCAUUUUGAUUCAGGAUUACUGUGGCCACUGGGAAUCCCUGGCAAACGUUACUGUCAAGUUGGACACUGCCGUCACCUGCCACACAGAGGAGAGGAUAAUUCUGUCUGAACUACAGGGGCCACAUCCAGUCAAGCGGUUAUGCUGGGGAAGUCUACACACAUGUAAUAGCUCCAUCCUCACUCUCAGAACUGUUGAUCGUUCAGUCAAGAUACUGCUACCGCCCCAUGGACGCAAUUACCGAUUAUGGUGUAGCAGCUGUUAACAAACCCUGUGUCCAUGGCAUUAUUUAUGAACAUUUGAAUCCCCUCUCAAUCGCCAAAAAAAA